GCUCUCGCUUAGAACGCAGGCUCCUGUGAGCGGUUGAGGGACUUUGACAACCACAAUGCAAUCCAAUGCAUGGGCGCACAAAGUCACGUUGGCACGCCCAGCGAGCCAAAGCACGACUGUCUCUUCGGCGGUCCAUUAUGCCCUACUGCCACGGUCUACUAUAAGCCCUUUCGAAGGUUAUCAAAUACACGCGCGCCGGCGCACCCACGUUCCCCGGCUGUUCACCUUUCGCGGGUCGCCUUGUGCUCGUGUGCGCGCGCAUCUCCCUGCUCCCGCUGAAGCUUUAGCCAUGGGUCUCGAAAAAGGCCGUGCGCCAGUCGUUGUUGGGCUAGGCGACCCAGUGAUGGACAUCCUUGCACGCGUCUCGCCCGAAUGGCUCGCGACCGUCGCGCCGGAGGCUGGCGGGUGCCUUCCAGUAGCGCCAGAGGAAAUGGAGAAGCUGCUCGCGGCUGCAGCGACGCAAAGCGAGCUCACACGGAUACCCGGCGGCAGCGCCGCCAACGUGGUCAAGGGCGUCGCCAACAUCGCGGGCGGCCAUGCCUCCUGCCGCUUCGUGGGCAUGGUGGGAGCAGACGCCACAGGCGCCGAGUACCGAGCCAAGCUGUCCGCCCAAGGGGUGGCGCCAGUGCUGCUGGAGUCGGGCAGCGGUGCGCCGUCCGCCUGCGCCGUGUGCUUCGUGACGCCGGACGGCCAGCGCACCAUGCGCACCUGCCUGGGCGCCUCGCUGGAGCUCAGGAGCUGCGCGCAGCUGCCGGCGGGCUGGAGCGAGGGCUGCGGGCUGCUGCACGCCGAGGGCUACUGCCUGUACCGGCCGCAGCUGGCUCGUGAGAUGAUGAGUCUGGCUCGGGCCACGGGCGCGAUCACCUCCAUUGACCUGGCCUCGUUUGAGCUGGUGCGCAACUGCAAGGACAGCAUGCUGGGGCUGCUGAAGGACGGCCUGGUCGACCUCAUCUUCGCCAACGAGGAGGAGGCCGUCACGCUCUGCACCGAGCUGGGACUGCUGCCGCCCGCCGACGGCGCCUCCGCACCGGACACUGACGCCGCAGUGGAGGCGGCGCAGCGCUUCCUGCUGUCUCCCACAGGCGGCCGCUGCAAGGUGGCCGUGACCAGCCUGGGCGCUCGCGGCUGUGUGGCGCGCGCCGCCGACGGCGGCCACGGCGCCGCCGCCGCCUGCCGCGUGCAGGUGGUUGACACCAUUGGCGCCGGCGACUUUUUCACAGCCGGCUUCUUGGCGGCGUACUUGAGGGGAGGCAGCGUGCAGCAGUGCGCGGCGGCGGGCUGCGCCUCCGGCGCAGAGGCAGUCCAGGCCAAGGGCGCGGAGCUACCCGAGGAGGCGUUCGUGCGGCUGCGGGCGGCGAUUGAUAGCAUCCUGGCGGCGCAGCCGGUGGCGGGCGGCGCGGCGGCGGCGGCGGCAGCAGCAGCAGGCGUGGCGGCGGCGGUGGCGGCGGUGAUGGGUGCGGGCGCGGGCGCGGGUGCCAAGGCGGUGGGCAUGGCGGCGGUGGCUGGGUCGCCGGCGGCGGCGGCGACGGCGAAGCCGGAGCCGGUGGCGGCGAUGGUGUGAUGCGGCGGUUGCUGGGGGCGGUUGGUGGCAUGGUGCGGGUGAGG